AUGUCUCUAUUUGGCACAUCGCCCGUAGAGGCCAAUGCUCCCUCGACGCCGACCCGAUCGCGCGGCGGCGAUAGGUCUGGCCUCUUCGAUGACGACACCCGUCCGUCGUCUGGCGACGGCGGCCUGUUCGCCGACGCCGAGCCACAUCGCGCCCCCGACGAUAGCACCAAGGCCGAGUCGCCAUGGGACUUGCCUACGCCGCGCAAACAGAAGAGCCGUGCUGAACUGAUCCGAAAGCUGCUGCCAUCGUCCGACGUGCCCGAGAGCUACACGGAGACGUUUGAUGUCGUGGUGCGCGAGGACGGCGAUGCUUCCGGCAGAAUCUCGUCCAGCGGCAUCGCCAAUGUCUUUGCCACGGCACGCAUCGAUGCCGACGCGCAAGCUACCAUCAUGUCGUUGCUUGCGGCGGGCGGCAAUGCCUCGAACCUGACGCUCGGUCGCGGCGAGUUCAGUGUCUUGCUCGCGCUUGUGGGUCUGGCCCAGGAAGGCGACAUCAUAAGCCUGGACGGAGUCGACGAGCGCCGCGCAAACCUGCCCCGGCCCAAACUCGCCGGCUUGACCGCCGAACCCGUGAUGCCACCCAUCGCUGAGCUCGCCGCAAAGCCUCCCCAGGCACCCGUUACCGACGCAGCCAUCAGCGCAGCUCCCGAGAUACCCCAACAGCACCAGACAGUCCUCCGACCCGUCAUGGACGACCCUGAAGACGAUCCCUGGAACACCCCCGACUUGCACAAGGGCCAUUCCCAUUCAAAACAAAAUGGCAUCGAUGCCGCAGUGUCCAGCGGCCACUCGAGUUUCGGAACUUUACCCGCCGUUGCGCCGGUGUCCCACACCGCCCCCGAGCCCUUCUCGGCCCCGACUCGCAAUACUCCAAGUUCGGCGCUUCGACCGAGCAGCGGUAUCGCCGGUCCGGAUGGCUGGGGUUCCGGCUUUUAUGCCUCGGCCCAACCAACGCCAGCCGUCGGACCUAGCAACUUGAACCCGUUUGGCGGUGACGGCGUGGGUCGCACGCCAGACGUGCCCGGACCUGUGCCGCCGUCGCUGAAUCCCAGCCGCAGCGCAACUGGUCGCACUGGAAGCAAUGUCGAGGAACACGUCAUCGUCACCCUGAUGCCAGGCAAAGAGGGCGUCUUCAUGUUCCAGCACCACAACUACGAGGUCACGAGUCAGAGACGAGGGAGCAAAGUCAUUCGCAGAUACAGCGAUUUUGUCUGGCUGCUCGACUGUCUGCACAAGCGCUAUCCCUUCCGCGUUUUACCUCUGCUGCCACCGAAGAGAGUAGCCGUCAAUGGCAACCACCUCUCCAACGACGGCGCAUUCAUUGAGAAGCGGCGACGCGGCCUAAGCCGCUUCAUCAACGCCCUCGUCCGGCACCCUAUCCUGAGCCAAGAGCAGCUCGUCGUCAUGUUCCUGACUGUUCCCACCGAGCUCGCCGUGUGGCGCAAGCAGGCCACAAUCUCUGUGCAGGAUGAGUUUUCUGAGAGAGUCCUCGCUCCCGGUCUCGAAGACUCCCUCUCACCCACGCUCGAAGAGCUCUUCACCAAGACGAGGUCUGGUAUCGUGCGCUCGGCGGAGCUGUACAUCGCCGUGUGCAACAUCAUGGACCGUCUAGUGAAGCGCACCGAGGGCGUCGCUGCCGACCACGCGCGCGUCGCCAUGUCGCUUUCGUCGCUGACGGAAACAUCGGCUGACACGUAUGCGACGGAUGCCAAUGAAGUGCCGCUGCUGAAUGAUGGUCUCACGGCCAUGAGCAGACAUUUGCGCACAUGCCAGUCGCUGCUGGAAGACGAGAGCAAAGGCUGGGACGAAGGCGUUCUCGAAGACUUGAAACGGCAGCGCGAUGCGCUCGUCAGUGUGCGGGAGCUGUUUGAGCGUCGUGACAGGCUCGACAAGGACACUAUUCCCUACUUGGAGCGCCGUAUCCAGACCAACGAGACCAAGCUGGCGACGCUGCGCGGCAAACCAGAAGGCACAGUCAAGCCCGGCGAGAUUGAAAGAGUGGCUGAGAAUAUCAUCAAGGACAAGGAGUCGAUUGUCCAGCAGCACAACCGCUCCGUCUUUGUCAAGGAGUGUAUUCGCGACGAGCUCGUUACUUUCCAGCACACGCAGUAUCACGUCAGCCGGUGGAACCAGGACUGGGCGGCGGAGCGUGUCAAGUAUGCCGAGAUGCUGGCGGACAACUGGCGGGGGCUGCUGGACCAGCUCGAAGGCAUGCCUCUGGGCUACUAA